AUGGAGGCCCUGGAGGAAAUUGAGCUCUGCUUUCCCCAAGUCAACACCUCCUGCAAGAAGUUGACACGUCCACAUUCAAAGACCAUACUUAUUUUCAGUGUGCUGUGGUGCAUCACUCUGCUUACUGUGGUUCUUAACCUGCUGGUCAUCAUCUCUAUCUCACACUUCAGACAACUCCAUACCACCACCAACCUCCUCCUCCUCUCUCUGGCUGUUGCAGACUUCCUUGUGGGAUUCAUGCAGAUGCCAGCAGAAAUCCCACUCUUCGGUGGCUGCUGGAUGCUGGGAGACUUAAUAUGUGCUCUGAAUUACUUUUUAGGUUUCCUCACUGUCAGUGUUUCAGUAGGAAGCAUGGUGCUCAUAUCAGUUGACCGUUAUAUGGCAAUUUGUGAUCCAAUGUUUUACUCCACCAAAAUCACUGUGAAAAAAGUUCAACUCUGCAUUUGUCUGUGUUGGAUAUUUUCUGCUGUCCACAGCAGUUGGAUACUGAGAGAUGUCCUCAAACAACCAGACAAGUAUAUCUCCUGUUAUGGAGAGUGUGUAGUUGUAAGCAGUUUUACUGAAGGAAUGGUUGAUCUUGUUGUGACCUUUUUAGGUCCCAUUUUAGUCAUUACUCUUUUGUAUUUGCGAGUAUUUGUGGUGGCUGUGUCUCAGGCUCGUGCCAUGCGCUCUCACAUUGCAGCUGUAACACUUCAGCGUUCAGAGACUGGUAAAGCUAAGAAAUCUGAAAUGAAAAUAUGGCUGUUGUAUUUUAACUCCUGUCUAAACCCUGUGAUCUAUGUGUUUUUCUACCCCUGGUUCAGAAAAUCUAUUAAACAUAUUGUAACACUUCAGAUACUGCAGCCUGGCUCCUGUGAGGUCAAUUUAAUGUACAAAGGUACUGUGAUGGGUUGA